GCUUCCGCAUCACAUCAUCCUGCUCAGUCUACAUAGCAGUUCAGCUGGCAGGCAAGCAUUAACAGUCAGUGACUGCAUCUUGCACCUCCCUCAUCUGUCACCCCGGAAUUUUCGAAACGACCGACGGCUACUCAACUGCCCUUGCCCCUCUGGCAAACCUGGCAUACCUGCCUACCUGGCACCGACCCAUCGCAUACCUAUACCGGUAGCACCCUGUAGGGUGUUGCGUCUUUACGACCUCCCAUGUCGUCUCCAGCUGCUGGCUUCUCCUCGUGGAGGAGAUCUCCCAGACCGUCUUCCUCCGUUUCGCAGUAUGCUUCGGCCCAGGAGGAAAUAGAGUCUUCGAGUUCCUCCACAAUCAUCCCAACUAGGUCCGCCCAGGAGCCCUCCAACAAUGAGACCCAUCAGCUAUAUUCAACUUCGGUGAAUUCAGUUGCCCACCGCGAACCCUUGAGGUCCUUUAUUCAUGGCUCGGUCCGUGACAAUCUAGCUCCUCUAGACAGUUACCAAUACGCACAAUCCGUCCGCCAGGAUACUGCCGAGCUAGCCAACUAUUUUCUUUCCGACCCAAAAGACGGACAGAGCCCAGCGUUUCUUAACCGAAGACGAUCCUCCGUCUCAGUCCUCGACCGCACAGCUCAGGGCCCAGAUACCCAAGGUGCCGAGGAGGGUAAUGGUAGGCGCCAGGACACCAUAAACGAAGUGUCUGAGCCUCCGUCGCCAGAGGAAACCGAUGUCGAAUCAACAGCCGAGGGACCAUCAAUGCUCACCACAAUGCUGAGGAGAUCACCGCCAACUACAACAUAUAUGCCGGCUUCAAAUAACGAUGAGUCGCAGGAGGAAGACGAGUCAUGGGGAAAUGGUGAAAGUAGCAGGAGAGGCUCAUGGAAACAUCCGGUACCAGUCCAACCCUCAACCGAACGGCAGGCAGAGGCGGCCGAUACUUCAGACGAGCACGCGCCGUUGCUUCGGACCACAUCUCGCGAGGCUCGGCAUAGCUAUGGUAUGGCCAACGGCUCCAGCCACGAUGCUGAUAUCGAAGACCAAAAGAGUCCGAGAAGGCGAUGGACGACAAGACUUGCCGAUUCCGCGAGGGAUAGAAGAGAUCGCAUUACCAGCAUCGCCAAGGUAGCAGCAAACCCAAAGCGCUGGGAUCGUCAUGCUCUAUGGGAGAAUGUCAUCGUUGCGCCUGUCACAUGUUUACCAGCCGUCAUUGUCGGACUCUUGUUGAACAUCCUUGAUGCGCUUUCGUACGGCAUGAUUCUGUUCCCAUUGGGAAGUCCCAUCUUUUCAAACUUGGGAUCCGCUGGUAUCUCGAUUUUUUACGUCAGCACAAUUAUAUCACAGUUGACAUUCUCCUUUGGGAGCGUGUUCAAGGGUGGUGUUGGGUCCGAACUGAUCGAAGUUGUGCCCUUUUUCCACAGUAUGGCUGGUACCAUUACCGAAAUUGUCGGCGAAGAUGACCCGGAAGCUGUUAUCGCAACGACCAUCACAUCCUACGCGCUGAGCUCGAUGCUCACGGGCACUGUUUUCUACCUUAUGGGCAAGUUCAAGUUUGGCUAUCUCGUGGGUUUCAUCCCGCGUCAUAUCCUGAUAGGCUGCAUCGGUGGUGUCGGUUGGUUCUUGAUCGCCACGGGGUUCGAGGUGACGGCUCGCAUGGAUGGCAGUCUCAACUAUGAUCUCGACACCCUGAAGCGACUCAUCCAGCCAGACACUAUCCCACUAUGGACGAUACCUCUCGGUUUGGCGAUCAUUCUGUUCUACGGCCAUAAGAAGAUCACGUCCAAGUAUUUCCUUCCCCUUUAUAUCCUCACCAUUCCUGCCUUGUUCUACAUGGUAUCGUUCAUACUGGGUGGCCCCGACCAAGACUCUCUGCAAAAACAUGGCUGGGUGUUUGAGGGACCUCCACCCGGUGAGCCAUGGUGGUAUUUCUACACUUUAUACAAGUUCCACAAGGUCGAUUGGAGUGCCAUUGUGCAGUGUAUCCCCGCAAUGUUUGCUCUGACCUUCUUCGGCAUCUUACAUGUGCCCAUCAAUGUCCCAGCAUUAGCACAAAAUAUCGGCGAAGACCAUGCCGACCUCGAUCAUGAGCUCAAGCUACACGGCUACUCAAACUUCCUGUCAGGGUGCUUUGGCAGCAUCCAAAACUACUUGGUUUAUGCCAACAGCGUCUUUUUCAUGCGCUCUGGUGGAAACACUCGACUGGCGGGUAUGAUGCUUGCUGCUCUUACUUUCCUCGUGAUGAUGAUCGGCCCUUCCCUGAUUGGUUUUAUACCGGUCAUGAUGGUUGGAGUGCUCAUCUUCGACCUUGGCUUUGAGCUGCUUAUCGAGGCGGUUUGGCAACCAAGGAAAAAGCUGAAGUGGCUUGAAUACAUGACUGUGCUUGUCAUUGUCGUGGUCAUGGGCACCUAUGACUUCGUCAUUGGUAUCGGAGUUGGCAUUCUUUGCGCAUUCGCCGCUCUUAUUAUCCAAACAUCCAGAGUCUCGGCCGUCAGAGCGGUGUACUCCGGAGAGGUCGUGGGAUCGACUGUAAGGAGAAACCCAACUCAACAACAUUACCUCAGAGAUGUUGGAAAGCAAAUCAACAUCAUUAAGCUUGCCGGUUAUCUCUUCUUCGGAACAAUUGUGAGCGUGGAGGAAAAGAUCAGGGCUAUGAUCUCUGAUGAGGAGUUCAACAAUCGCCCGAUUCAGUUCCUCAUCAUCGAUCUGUGGCUGGUCAACGGCGUCGACUACUCCGCCGGUGAGGUGUUUAACACUAUCAGCCGCCUGCUCAACCACAAGGGCAUCGAGCUAAUUAUCAGCGGUGUCGACACCGAACAAGAGCUGGGUCGACACCUAAGAGCGGCCGGUCUCGGUGAAGAUGGGAUUGACGUCAAGCUUCUCCCUGAGCUCAACUCGGCCUUGGAAUAUUGUGAGAACGAGCUUCUCAAGACGUUUUAUGCCAGUCAAGAAGCAGCUCGUCUUUCGCGGACAGCAGAUUCUGUACCUUCAAGCAGCUUGCAGGUGCCCUCUGCCCAAGCAUCCUCUCUACAGCCUCAACUAGACCCCCUAGGAUCUUCUCCCCGUCGCAGCCACCUCCAGGUGGCAGCUCGCCAUGCGCUCAACCAGCAAGCUGAGCAGCAACGAGUGUCAACCAGGUGGCAGAGCUUUAAGGAGCCGCUACGGCUGAUGCUGCAAAUCUUCCAGGACGUCAGCGACAAAAAUGAGGAUUUCUGGUUCCGCGCCGUGGGUUACUUCAAAAGGCUUCAGUAUCCCGCCGGAACUGUUAUUUUCCGGCGCGGGGAGAAGGCGGAAGGAUUUUACCUGCUCGAGCAAGGAAUGCUCAGAGCCGAGUACGACCUGCCGCAGGGCUGGCUUUGUGAAAGCAUCGUGGCGGGAACAACGUGCGGAGAGUUGCCUUUCUUCUCGGAGACGACGAGAACAGCGACGUGUGUGGUCGAGCACGACUGUGUGCUCUGGAUGAUGGAUAAGGAAGGGUGGGAGAAGCUGCAGAAGGAGCAGCCGGAUGUGGCGAGGGAGUUGUUGAGGAUGGUGUUGAAAUUGACUAGCGAGCGGAUGAACGUGAUCACGAGCUAUACGCUUACUAUGGCUGGUUGAUUAUGCUUUUGUUUUUUCAGACGAGUAUAUAUCAUGUAGAUCGUUACAUACCUCUAGCGAAUAUCAUCU